AUGAACAUCUUAUGUUGGAACUGUCGUGGGCUUGGGAACCCACAGACAGAUCAAGAGCUUGGUGACUUAAUCCGGGCACAAGAUCCCUUAGUCGUGUUCCUAGCCGAAACAUGGCUUGACAAAGCUAGGCUGGAGGAAAUAAAAGUUCGAUACAAAUUUAAAGGGUUGAUAGAAGUCUCAAGAAUAAGUCGAGGAAGGGGGGUGGCUAUUUUUUGGAAAGAGGAGUGUAAUCUCUCCCUAGACACAUACUCCCCCAACCACAUUGAUGUGAUCUUUAAUAAAGGGAUGGAAGAUGAAUGGAGGUUUACUGGGUUUUAUGGAGAGCCAGAUACUAGAAUUCGCAAUGAGUCUUGGGAAAAAUUGAGGAAAUUAAAAAACAAAUUCACCCUUCCAUGGUUGUGUGCAAGUGACUUUAAUGAAAUUUUGAAGGCAGAUGAAAAAUUGGGUGGAAGACUUAGGCCAAUUAGACAGAUGGAAGCUUUUAGGGAGGUUCUUGAUGAAUGCGAGUUUAAGGAUUUGGGUUAUGUGGGAGGGAAGUACACGUGGUAUAAAGGCUCUAGAGGGGGUAAUACAAUAUGGGAAAGGCUUGAUCGUGCGGUUGCUACCACUAAUUGGAUAGAAAAGUUUCCGGCAACAAAGGUUGUGCAUUUAGAAUGUGGCUCCUCGGAUCAUAAGCCAUUGAUCAUCCUUCCAAAAGGGGUCCUAAUGAAGUACAAAAAACCAUGGAGGUUUGAGCACAUGUGGCUGGAGGAUGAGAGGUGUGGUGAGGUUGUGGAUCUUGCUUGGAGGAGAGUUUGUCCAGGUAACCUGAUGGUUCAAGUGGAAGGUAAAAUAAAGGUGUGUCACGCAAAGCUUAAACAGUGGAGUCGGACCUCCUUUGGGAAUAUUACCAAUGCACUAAAAGAAAAGAAGCAGUAG